CUACGGGAAUUUCCUUUUUUUUUUGUUAUUCACCCACCAUGAACAAUUAUUCAUAUUUAAGAACGCAAUAUAGGAAUCAUACCUCACGCUCACCAUACACAUUCGAUUAUUCACUUGUCACUGAUGUACAUCAACAAUUCUCGUAGAAAUGUUUUUCUGAAAUUAUAUCAUCUGAUGCAAUAGCCUACACAGCAAUGGCGAUCAGUAAACACCAUUUAGUGUACAUUAUGAUUGUCGGUAUUUGCUGUUCAAACUUGACAUUAGCGGAAACAUUUAUCAACGGGGAAAUAUCUGAAGAUACCAAUUGGUUGUCGGCUAACAGUCCAGUUUAUGUGACCGAUGAUAUAACCGUUGGGACCAAUGUAACAGUGACCAUCCAGGCAGGAGUGCAGAUGCUGUUUGCCGAAGGUGUUGGUAUAUACGUCAAGGGAACGUUGAUCACAAAUGGAACUGAGGACGAACACGUUGUAAUGACUAGCUUUGGCAAUCCAACAUUUUCUAGAGAAGAUUGGCACCAUAAGUGGUCACACGUGCGACUGGUCAGUGGGAGUAACCACCUUGAAGGACGGGUUCUGGUGUAUAUGAAUGGCAGAUGGGGAAAAGUGUGUGUAUCGUCACAAAAUUAUGUAAACGUUGCUUUGGUUGUGUGUCGUCAGUUAGGAUACGAAGGCGGAUUUUAUAGAUGGUUUGGAAGUGGAGAAGAACCAAUUCACUUUAAUAUUAUACAUUGUGAAUUAUCAGAAAAAAACAUUUUUGAUUGUUUCAACAGAAGGUACACGUAUAACGAUGACUGCUAUGGAAACGUUUUCGGAAUCGUUUGUCGUCAACCAAUUACGCCUAUUCAAAAUGUUACGUUACCAAUCAACCCUUUUUGGACUGGUCUAAAGUGGUUAAAUGACGGAAUUCAUGAAACCCAUAGCGUUUUGAAAUACACGGAUAUUUCACUGGCUGGAGUCGACGCAAAUGGAGAGGCUGGCAAUCCUGCAAUUUAUGCAAAUUUAACCGGUGAAUUACCAAGUUUGUCAAAUGUCAAUAUCCUUGAUUGUGCUGGGUCAGGCAUAAGAUUCUCAAGUAUAGCUUCUAAUAUUAAUAUCAAAGAUGUUGUUGUCAGAAGUAAUCUUGGUUAUGGAAUAGAGAUGUCAACUUUAGGACUAAUUUCAAUAAUUAAUUCUGAGUUCAAUGAAAAUACGUUUGAUGGUAUUGCGAUAUUUAAUGUAGAUUAUAGCAGUCUGAGGUUGGAAGACCUAUGUAAUGAUGAAAGUGACGACCUAUUUAUCGACGCGUUCGAACAUAGAUAUAUGUUUAAAUCAUCAGCAAAUUACUACAACCAGCCUUGUCAACGUACGUUUUACACCAAGGAAGGGUACAUACUGAAGGUGAGAUUUGUGCAACAUGAUGGUUGGCCUAUUCGAAUAAACCUUUAUGAUGGAAACGACACUUCAACCUUUAUACAAUCCGUUACAAGUUUACAAGUCCAAGAUUUAAAAUCCAUGUCAAAUAUAAUAACAAUUCGACACGAAUGUUCCUACUACAAUUAUAACUCCAACUGUCGUAGAAAUUCAAAAUUGAUCAUUUGGAGUGAACCAAUGAUUACAUCGAAUGCAUCGAAUGAAAUCAGUUAUACGACUUUAGCUGAUAACAAAGGGAACGGGUUGACCAUUCAUACGUAUAUGUCGGAGCUGAACAUUAAUGACUUGACAGCGAUAUACAACCGUGGAAAUGGACUGCAAACGCAUGACAGAAUACACGAUCUCGUUGUGGAAUUAAGUAACUUCUCUGGAAAUUCAUUUAAUGGAAUUGACAUGUACAACAUCGUAAACAUGUUUAUCAACGCAUCAUCUGCUAAUGGAAAUGAAAUGAAUGGCAUGAUUUCCGGAAAAUAUACUUAUCUUACACUUCAGAACAGUGUGUUUGAUAGUAACUUAGAAAAUGGCUUCUUCAUAAAUGAGGAACGAUAUAAUGAUUACAGUUACAGUUACAAUCUGCAUCUUGACAGUAAUUCAUUCUCGUAUAACAAAGGAAGUGGCAUUUUCAGGAAAGAAUACCGUCAACAUGUAAAUGUAUACAUCCAUGGAAAUUCCAUUAGAUACAACCAGAAUGGUGCAAUAGAUUUUGGGACAAUACGAUCACGUGGUAUCAAAGUAGUUGAAAAUGACAUAUCUUUAAAUGUGGCCUAUUACCUGAUACAUAUAGAUGUUACAUAUUCAUACGUAGGAGAAGCAAUUAAAAUUGUGUCAAAUGUGUUCCUCAAAAACUCAUGUGAACGGCUUUUAUAUCUUGGCACAUCAUCUUCUUCCCAAAAAAUUAUUAUCGAGGAAAAUGUGAUGAAGAACAAUCAACCGAGAUUGAGAUUUCCAAAUUCAUUCUGGCCUUCAUCUGUCAUAUUUUUACUCUCUUCUAGCGUAUCUAUGAUAAGCAACAUAUUUGAUAAUUCUAAUUUCAUGUACGAGGUCGCUGUUCCAGGCCGAGACAAAUUGUCAUCGGUAUCAAUAAACGCGAGCCUCUCGUGGUGGGGCUCUACAAAUUGCUCAUUCAUCAACACACGCAUUCUGGAUGGAAAAAGGAGAGCUUCGUAUCCGGUAGUGCACAUCUCACCGUAUCGUGUUGGAUAUAAUCUUUCAGAUCUAGAUUACCAAUCAUGUGUACAAUUGGGGUUCCGAAAUGAUCCAGGAUCAACGAUAGGUGGUAGCAUAACAGGUAAUGUCACACUAAGCUCUGUCGAUAAUCCUUACAGAGUUGUUCAUGACAUUGUUAUACAACCUCAAGCUAUCUUGGUAGUUGAGGCAGGUGUCAAGUUGUUGUUUGACUUCUAUACUGGAAUACUGGUUCACGGGACACUUGUUGCCCAAGGAAACACCACGGAUGUGAUAAGGAUGGAACCAUUCGACAGGUUUAAUGAAACCAUUGAAUUGAUUCGAUUAUCUGGAGGAAGGUAUCCCUGGGAAGGUUUUCUAGAGGUCUCCAGAGAUGGUCAAUGGGGCUCUGUCUGUUACUUCAGCUACAAUUGGCGUAUUCCAUGGAAUGCUAUUGCUGCACGUAUAGCUUGUCGGCAACUAGGAUAUAUAGACUACAUAAGUUAUACGUACCGUACAUCUACUCUUUUGAACAUUCUAAACGCGUUCAAAUGUGAUGAACGCAUUCACACAAAUAUAGUUUAUUGCGGUUUUAAGAAUCCACUGUAUCGAUGUUCCUCUGGCCAUACAGUGUAUUUAACAUGCAAUCCCGGAAGAUGGCAAGGUAUCCGAUUCGCCGUUUCUCCAGAACGAAGUUCAAUGAGUCACACACACAUAAGCUUAACUGGAGGAUAUCUAGAAGACAUGAAUGUAUACGCCGAUGCUGCUAUUCAAGUAGACCUCCAUCACCAUUAUUUCUCAAAUGUUCAUCUACAUAAUGCACAUCAAGGAUUCAUUUUCUAUAUCGAUAACCCAAUUUUUAAUGUUCAUUCAGUAAUGAAUACACACAUUAACUCCUUGGGAACUGGCGUUUCCAUUUAUUCUCCAUCGUAUUACCACUAUCAGGGGAUCAUUGAAUGUGCAACUGGAAUUUACAUAUCGACCAUGUCCUCGACACACUUAGACGAUAUUCGGAAUUAUAUUCACAAAAGCUGGGUAUUAGAUUUCUUUGAAUCCGACCAAUCAAUUUUCUUCUCUGACUUAUUCCUUCUCAACAUUUUACCGCCAGAAGAAACCUAUAAUACACAUACACGAAAUUUCACCGUACAGCCUGGUAACAUUAUCGCAAUCUAUAUAUAUCAACAAUACUUAUAUUCCUACGAGUCGUUGGUUUUAACUGAUCCAUCAAAUGGAGAAACCUUACUGUUACUUGAUUCCACAAUAUCAGGGACAUUUCCGGAUUAUCAGCUGGUUCAAACGUCAUCAAACUUUCUGACAGUUACCUACAAAUAUACUUAUCGGUAUAGUACUAAUUACGCUAGGAUAAAAGCUGACAUUUUGCUCAUGCCUUUAAACGAAUCAUCUGCAGGUGCAGAACAAAGCAACGGCAACGCAAAUACCAUUAUAUUGGAUUCAAUCAAUUAUAUCCCUCAAUCUAUAAGACCAACAGGGCUGAGAAUGCAAUCAGGGACAACAAAAUCGGAAUUGAGGGUCAUAAACUCAAAUUUUCAAGGCAGUGAACGUAGCGGUACUCUUGUAAGUUUGUAUAAUGGAAGACGUGUUCUCUUUGAGCGAUGCAACAUGUCAUCUGCUCAGUACGCUGUUAGAAUUCGUGGUGAAUUUGAGACCAUUUCUUUUCGUGGCUGUAUUUUGAAAUACAUUUCUAAUGGCAUUUAUGAUUAUAACUCGUUUACCUCUGCGACACUAAAUAUUGAGGAUUGCACAUUCAAUUCGAUUUCGACCCCUAUAUACAAAUACGUACGUUCAAUAGAUCAAAGCACACGUGUAUAUAGAUCGUCAUUCAAAGAUUCAUAUUAUGGAGUUCGAUUCUACCAAAGUGUGCAUAACAUCUUACUUGAUGGCUGCAAUUUCCAAUCAGUGUCAUAUGGUGUGCACAUUUACACGCGUUAUUAUCAUUCAUAUAAUAAUAACGCUUCAGUAUACUUACAUGAUAUCGGUUUUCAAUCCGUGAGAGAUCCUGUGUAUGUAGAAAUGUAUGUCACAGACAAUUCACCCUCAACUAAAGAAUGGAUUGACUUACGUGUGAGUGAUUGUGUAGUUGAAGGUAGUGAUGUCUUUCUGGAAACGUAUAUUUUUACAGAAACAGUGAAUAUUAAAGUUAGUGUGAUGAACAAUAGAGUAAUCUACAGUAAAAAAGCUAUUUUGAUGACAGUUAACAGGAAUGUAAUCGGCAAUUUAGAAUACAUGGUUAACAUUGUAAACAAUACUAUAAGUAACAACACCGGCUAUGGUGCUAUUAUUGAUAUUGGUAGGCCUAGAGAAUACCCAGUUUUAAUGACAGACUUAGUCCAAGUUGACUUCAGGAAUAAUGUUAUCCGGCACAAUGUUAUAACAAGCAAGCAUUUCUUGGAUAAGUUUUCAUGCGGGUUAAUAUUGGGUGUUCGCACAGCAACCUUGUCUGGAAAUGUGUUUGAUAACAUUGAAAUCGACAUGGAGAUCUGUAGUGCGCAUGUAUUUAAUGACCCGGACCAUUUCAUCGACGCAAGAUCCAACCGGUGGGGAACAACUGAACACACUGUAAUUCGCCAAAAAAUUUUCGACAAUGAAGAUUGGCACAACCUUGCAUACAUAAUGACUAAAUCAAACGAUCAGAAUACAAUUUCCGACAAAUGUAGUUCCUCGAACAUCGGUGGACGAAUUAAUGCUACGUGUCACCUUGAAGUUGCUAAUAGCCCGUAUGUAGUAGAAUCUGACAUCACCAUCCUACCAAAUGCAGAAUUGAUAAUAGACCCUGGUGUAACUUUACUUUUGAAUGAGGAUAAUGGAAUUACUAUUCUUGGAAAACUAACUGCAAUAGGAACCAUUAGCAGCAGAAUAACAUUGCUUAACAAUAACAAUUUAAUAAACGCAAAAGAUAAAGACAAGAUACGUUUGAUACAAGGUAACAGUCGUGUGCAAGGUCUGCUCCAAGUCUUUACAGACGGUGAAUGGAAAUCGGUCAAAACAUAUUAUUUCGGACAUGACGAAGGCGCGGUUGCAUGCCGUCAACUUGGCUAUUCGUAUGAACGGUAUACAUCGUCAACUACUGAUAGAAACUUUAAGUCAUACUUGUCUCGACGAUGGUAUUGCAGAGGACACGAAUUUCGUUUACUUGACUGUCAAAAUUACAACGAUUAUAAUUAUUACUGGUACAGCGAUGUAUGGCUGGUUUGUAAAAGUUCGAACUGGGGAAAUAUUCAAGUGUAUACCGAUUCAGAUUCAGAAAUAUCUGCAAUACAAUACGUUGAUGUAUUGAAUGCUGGGAAACUGCAUGGUCUUGAUGGUGUUCCUGCAAUAUAUGCGUUCGGACCGCAGAUUCCACUAAUUGAAAAUAUCUAUACUGAGAACUGCAUUGGACAUGCAAUUUUAAUCGAUAGUACAACAGCGCUUACUAUAACGAGAAUUACUUUGAUACAGUGUGGGUUAGGUAUAUCAUCCAGAAUAUAUUCUGCGACUAAUGUUCAUGAAUGUUAUUUUGACGACAUAUACACAACUGGUUUGAGUUUAACUACGAGAAUAGCGAGUUUCUUUCCAUCGCAAUCAUUAUUUUAUACGCAAGGAUGUGGGACGCAUCGAUUUGUGAAUCCAGGUGACCAAUUUGUACUUCGUGAUAAUGCAUGUGGAGAAAUAAACUGUAUUAACGUGUUUCAAUGCAGGCAAAAUUGCACAAUAUUUGUGACAUUUACGCAUUAUUACAGUUACAAUAGGUAUAGCAGGACGGCUUACGUUUAUGAUGGAAACUCGACCGAUUCUACUCGUAUUGGGGAAAUAAACUAUUAUAGAGCUGAGACGUUGACGUUUAUGGCUACAUCAAAUGCAGUAACCCUAGAACUAAAUUAUUUCACCACGUCCUAUGGCAAUUGUCGGUUUGAUUACGAACCAGUGGAGAUACACCUGUCGGUGUACGACAAAGAAUACCUUCUCAAGUCAUCAAUUACAAUAGAAGAUUCGAAUUUCAUAAACGUUAUGGGUUCAGUUGUAUCUAUUGUGGAUGAUUACAUUGAUGAGACAAUUCCAGUUGAUGUGAGCAUAUCAAAAUCUACUUUUCAAAGCUGUUCCCAAACCAGCAAUAAGAUAAUGAGCCAGAGGAACGGGAACUGUUCAAUUACAGAAAACCUCUUCGUGGGAAAUUAUGGAGAUGUGGCCAUUCACGGAAUAUCAACUGAUUCCAUAGUGACAAUUGCACAUAAUUAUUUCCUUUCUAAUACAGAAGGUGGUGUAUUGUCAGUCAAAAGUGAAUUCUCACCAAUUUGGAUAACUGGUAACCAAUUUUACUACAAUAAACCAUCUGCCAACAACGAUGUAGUAACCAUAAUGGGAGGAAACACAUGUGUCACUAACAAUGUGUUUUGUUACAACCACGGACGGCAUCUAAUUUUUGUCUUAGGAGACAUUAACUAUGGUAGCCGACUUAUCGAGCGCAACAUCAUGAUCUACAACACAGGACAACGUUCAGACGAAAGAUUUACCAUGUUAUUAGAUAAUAUUAACACUAAUAUAUCUAGAAAUUACAUAUUAAACGCUGGUAAUGAAUUUGAAGUGGCACUUACUUCACGCGUAAAGUCAACAGUAGACGCUACAUACAACUGGUGGGGUGCAGACGACAUUUUUUAUGUUAAAAGUAGGGUUCGGGAUUCCAAGAACAUAAUUGGUCAUGCGUUCAUACAACAAGAACCGUUCUUUACUUCACCCUCUGAGGUACCAUUUUAUAGCUCAUUAUGUCCACCGGCGUAUACCUUAGAGGGAUCAAAAUGCUACAGCUACAAACCAGCUUCAGUCGAUUUUUCAACGGCAAUGUUAAUUUGCAGAUUAGAAGGGAACACAAUAUAUCAGCUAGCAAAUUUCUUUUGUCCUAAUUGCAUUUUUCGUUACCGUGGAUCGGAUGUUAAAGACCUAAAAAGAUAUUUAAUUAUGAAAAACGGGGGAUAUUUCGAAACAAGUCGCAUCUGGAUUAUGAAUCGCUUUCAAACAAAUAAGUGUUCAUAUUUAGAACUGGACUAUGGAAGUGGUAAACACAUCACUGGGACGACUGAUUGCAAGGAGCGAUAUCCUACUGUCUGCGAACGUACCACAAAAAAUCUAUGUCCUAAUAAUUGUAUGGGUAAUGGUAUGUGUUGGGGUAGAAGAUGCAGAUGUGAUCCAGGAUGGUCAGGGAAAGACUGUUCUCAACAUAUAUGCUCCUACGGAUGCUCGAUCCACGGUACAUGUGUCGGACCGAAUGUCUGUCGGUGCAAGAGUGGUUGGCAGGGAUCUAGCUGUACAUCUAGUUACUGUAGGCGAUUUAAAAACUGUAGGUCAUGUGCUAAAGUAGAAGGAUGUGGUUGGUGUGAUUCGACACUCAAAUGUCUCCCAGGUACGAGUACAGGACCUGAAUUGGGAGUCCAGUGCGAAGCAUGGUUCCACAAUUACUGUUUUACCACUGGCACUUGUUCCAACAGUAUAGAGAUCCUUAAUUGCAAGUUAACUCACUGUGAUACAACGCGAUCAAGUACUACCAUAGGCUCCUGUCAGAGUUGUCGAGAUUUAGAGCAAUGUUUCAUUGAAAAGCCAAAUGGAUGUAAUGUUUGGAGUCCAGACAUGUGUCCAUUAAAUUUGGUCAAUCCGAACUAUGCUGAUCCCAACAGAAAGAAUAAUAUAGAAAUUGACGAAAAAGUUCAAGUAAUCAACGUUGGCCAGAAUUCUGCAAAUCUUUACAUUUGUCCAGUGAAGAGGAACGAUGAAGUAUUGUUGAUAUCAAGCAGAUUACUCAAGAAGACAGAGGCUUCUAAUAUCCUAGUUUCUGGUCAAGCACAAGGGGUUUUCCAUACUGUAGUGUCAAUAAAACAUUUAUGGCGGCAUAGCAUGAUAAUGGCAAGAGUGGCGAGAUUUGACGAAGUAUUUCAGUACGCAAAUCUAAAUGAUGUUUUAGACGUAAUCGAAAUCACUGAUUACAGCGAUUUACCUGAAGAGUCAUUUUGGAACGAUGCUAUCAACACUCCGUUGUCCUAUCCUAUGAAAGAUAUAGUUUUACUUCAAGAUGUUCCAUUUAACAAGUGCAGUGGAAGUAUACAUGUGCUGGGAACAAGAAAAUACCAUUCAACGUUCAUCGUAUUGACUCCAGACAUUGCAAAUUCGUACAAUAUAGAAGUUGGAGACAUACUCGCCGUGAACUCUACUGGGCAUUUCAUCGAAGCUGUUGCCGAAAUUGGAGAAGAAUCCGAUUCUACAUUCAUCGAAACCAGUGUUUUAGACUGUAAUGACGAAACAAUACGAAACAGAGUAAUGCUAACACCGCCCUCUUCAGUCCUUCAUGAAAACGCAAACAUUAUUUUUGGAUGCAGUGGCGGAGAAAAUAACACAGACGGAAUUGUUCUAAUAGAUAAAAACAUAGACGAACCGCUACAGAUUGAUACUUCUACCUUAAUUAUUGGACGUGAAACAAGUGGCUUGGUCGGGAAGGUUUUACAUUAUGAAGUUCGAGGUUAUAAUGCAUUUAUAGAGGUGCUGGUUGCACGUGAUCAUCAGGAGUUUAAUGACAUACUGAAUGAAGGCAACGAUGAUGACAUUAACAAUAAUGAUUCUCCACUGGAUCUACGCCUGAGUAAACCAACAAUAUACAAUGACGAUGACAUUUCAUGCGAAAUUGACCCACAGUUUCAGUUUAACCCGUCUUUGAGGCUAAUUUUCUCAACUGACCGUAUAAAAUACAAGCAAUUGGAUGUAAUCUACGAAGGCCCGAUAGAGACUGGUCUACAUAUAAAUUGCAGUGCUGGAGUUCCAUUUGAUACUGAUAUUGCAAGGCGGUUUGCUGUAAACAGAAGAAAUGGUAAUUUCUACAUUUCACUGGGAGGCUUGAAAAUUCCUUUAUCUGUCGGUUUAACGUCAAAAUAUUCCAUUAUAGCUGGUCUACCGGCUUCGUUGGAAACCAAAUUUGGUGUUACUUCUACGGCAGAAUUAAAUAUUGGGUACGGUAUUAGGCCCCAAGAAAAGAGACCAGUCGUACUUACACCUGUGGUCUGUAUAUAGAUUUUCUUAAU